CGAGAGUCGAGGUGACUGUAGCAAACGGGUCGUUACUUUUGCUCAAACUCUUCCUCCGCUUUUCUCACUUCGCGUAUGCAGAUUACGUGUGCGGUUGAUUUUUUCGGCAGCGCUUCAUGAAUCACAGAGCUCCAGGAACAUCGACUGAUUCAUCUCGGCAAUUCCUAUGUUGGACAAUCUGCACCACUCAGCCACUUUUUUCGCCACAGGAAACGGCAAAAGUGUCUCGUAGGAGAAUUGCUUUAUCUGAUGCGCUCCCAGGUGACUCUCCAAUUUUUUUUGUACGGUUAGUUCUGAGUAACUUCUGCGGCGCUGACCGCUGCUGACCGUCGCUGCCGUGAAAUCCGAGGCAAACUUCCUAAUUCAGUAGCGAGGCGUUGUUUACCGAUGUCAUGCGCAUCAUCUGACCCCGCUUCACCCCACACCUUCCUGGCCAAUCCAUGUUGUUCUCGCGUGGUCCAAGACCAAGUCUAGAGAGCGUCUAGAGAAAUUGACCACUUUCCCGCGAAGAACGUUGCUAGUCUCAGCCCACUCUUUUCUUCCACCUUUUCCACCAUGACCACGAUGACUUCCCGUAGGCUCUCUGCACGUCGAGGAUCGACCUCAGCGUCUGAUCCGCACGCGAAAUACGCUCAUCUACUGCGAGAAUCGUCCAGCAUCCUGACGAUCGUGCGCGUCACUUCCCCGCCGGCCAUCCCACCUCCUUCGGCGUCUGCAGGUCCCACAGAUCCCCCACCGUCCCCCCGGCGCGCUCACAGGCGUCUCGGAAGCAACCCCAAUCCCUCCCCUGCUAUCUCAGGGUCGCCCGACGCCCCAGGCCGUUUGAGCUUUGCGUUUUCCUCAUUCGGUGCACCCCAUCAGCAAGCCAACUCCGGAGGCGGUGGGGGCGGGUCACCUCGUCUGCGUCCCUCUUCGCCUCACCGGUCGUCCCCCUCCGCUUCGUUUUCCAACCUUACACGUCUAUCGCCCGAACAGCUGCUCGACGUCGCGAAACAGGCUACGAAUCCUCGCCUCCCAUCAUCGCCGUCAUCAACGUCGUCAUUGGUGUCGCACUCCCCCAUUCUCCACGCGCGCCCGCAAUCUCCGCAGGCGCUCCCCCCUGCCUCCGUAGCUCCAACGACGUUCACUCAGCUGCCGCCCGGAGUGUAUCUCCCGUUCCUGGAUCGCCCCACCGAGGUCUCUGCGCUAUUGGCGUCCCCGCCCUCCGCCAAAUUGUUCGUCCUCCUCGCUCAGACCUUCACCAAGUCUCCCAAACAGACUCGCAAGAACGAUCAGCUUCCCGUCGAUACCGCCGAUUGGUCGUUCGAUGAUCUGGCGUAUUGGUUGACGAAGACGACCCGUGAGGAAGCCUCCGACGCGUUUUGGGUCCAGUCGGCCCGGAGAUGCAUUUUGCAGCACUCAGAGCUCAUAUGGGAGCGACUGAAAGGCGCGUUGGGCGUCCCACCCGAGCUCGAUGUCGAGUUCUCUCAGACGCAGUACGAAGAAGAUGUAUUCGAAGAUGAUGAUUCAGAGGAGGCGGAUUUGACCUCUGGAGAGUCUGCCAAAAGCUCUGCUGGCUCGUCUCCCAUCACAUUCCGGAUCCCAACCAAGUCAUCCGUCGUGCCGCAAAUGUCGGAGAUCGAAGAUAUGGGAUAUUUUGCGCUUUCUCCCAUCCAUAACGAGGACGCGAAUGGCAUCUUUAUCGAACCAGUAUUUGCCUGUCCCGAUAUUUCCACCUCCCAUCCUCCUCCGAUGUCGCUUCCGGCCUCUCUCUCCAGCGAAGCGAAUGGAUUGGGAGACAUUGGCGAAGAGGACGAAGAACAAGACUCGAUGGCAACUCCGAGCAACCUCACCCCCGAGGUCAUUGAGGCACCUCCGAUCCAGGGCCUGCGGAUUUCUACAUCCGACGCCACGAUUACUCAAUCAUCGCCACUGAUCCAGUCAAGCACGACAGGACUGCCCCUGCGGUCGCCCUCUUUUUCGGCUCGCCGAAGCCACUCGCCUACGCUCUGGCGUUCUGGAUCCAUGGGGGGCGGUACUGGAGGGAUCAAGCGGUCCGGGUCUUUCGGAAGCGUGCACUCCAUCUCCUCGGACCGUCCGUACGACCCGGUCGCGGAUCGCGUGCCUGGUAAUCCUAUCUUCCCCACGAACUUUGCCUCUCUUGCUGUAGGACCGACGUUGGCUGCAAAUAACCCGGCUCUGAGAUCCCCACCUAUGCCACCGCAGUCCAAGUUCAGCGUUGGGAUGCUGCGCCGAUCUUCCACCAAGUCCAUGGAUCGAGGUAACAGAUUCCGUCGCAGCUGGGGCAACGCGGAUGAUUAUGCGGUGACUGUUGCCAGUGGCAGCAGUGCCGGUGGCAGCGUCAGAGAUGACGCUUGAAAUAUGGUUAGUCUGAUUUUGGGUUGUAUCAGCUGUUGGUCAGGGUGUUGUAGAAGUUGUGUUUGUAGCUCUCCUUGUAGACACACUCAGGGUUCUGUUACUUGGCUGUAGUACAUCUGAGUCGGAAGGUUUGCACGUGAACUCGUGUAGCGUGCACGUGAUCGCGUAGUCGACGUGCAUGCAGUAU